GUUAGAGAGAUAACUUUAGACAAAAAGAUGUUGACCUUCACGGUGAACUUAAAUACAUUCUUAACUUUCUUUUACCUCCUCCCCUCUAACAUUUCAUCUUGCUCUCUCUCCUUUAGAACACCUGACAAAAAAAUAUCCUUAGUUAAAUUUCUCCGGCGGCUUAGAAUCUAUGUGAAGGAGGAGGAACACAGAGCCACCGGUUUUGGAAAACAUUUAAUUCUCAGGUCCUCGUCCCACGACUACUAUUGUUACUUUUUUUCAAGAUCUUGAGGAAUAUAUGUCUUUGGAUUAGGAGACUGCUUUAGAGAGGAAACUAUUUAUUUAUCUGUAGCUAAGUUUACGUAAUUAAGUAUGUUUGAUUUGAUAGAGAGUAUUUAUAUUUUUGAUUAGUCUUGUUGCUCAUUUCUAAGAUGUUAUUUCAUAUAUAGUACGUAGCUUUGUUGUUUAAUCAUAUUUUCAUUUCAUCUUCAACUCUGAAUCUUUUGUCCUAUCUAAUUUGAAAAGGUAUGUUUAAAUAUUUGUUUCUAUGCGAAAUCAAAUUAAUUUAUUUCUAUGUGUAAGUUGGAUAAACAUGAAAGUAAGUGGCACUCGUACUCUGUAAUAGAGUGAUAAAAAAGAUGACUCUUAGUUUUACUAGAUUAAACUAUAAAUUAAUUUUGUACAGCCCGAAUAAGGUUCACAGAAGAUAAUAACGUUUUCAUAAAAAAAGAGGGCAAACAAAUAUGUGUUGUUGAUAAGUUCGCUUUAAGUGGAAAACGAGUGGGGUAUGAUACUUUCCUCUUUUGGAAGUGGAACCUUUAUUGAAAUGAGUAAUUAUUAGUUUGUUUGCUUCUAAAUUUAGUAUCGCUUGUCGCUAUCACGAUGUCGACCGUUCUUCCUUUUUUCACGUGGACCGACUUGGAUACCAUCUGAUACUAUUUUCAUGUAACACUUAAAUGUUACGCAUCUGUAAAUCACACCAUUACGUUACCAGUUCACGAGAUAGCUUUUUCAUUACAUUAUCUCGCUCGUUGAGCUUUAAUAUAAGCAUAAUAAGAUGGUUUUAUUUUGAAAAUUGUAACUAUGGUUAUAUACUGGUAAUUGGUAAAUGGUAGUUAGAGAGACAAAGAUAAUGUCUGGACGAGAAGUAGAGUCAUCGACAAGACGUAAUGGAGGAGCUGGAGCUGAAGGAGGAGAGAGUCAUCCGUUUACUUCAUUGGGAAGACAAUCAUCCAUCUACUCAUUGACCCUCGACGAGUUCCAACACGCUCUCUGUGAGAACGGCAAGAACUUUGGGUCCAUGAACAUGGACGAGUUUCUCGUCUCUAUUUGGAACGCUGAGGAGAAUAACAACAACAACCAGCAAGCCGCAGCUUCUCAUCCCGUUCCACCGAAUCAUAAUGGUUUCAACAAUGGUGGAGGUGAGAGUGGAGUCUUUGGUGGUGGUGGUUCUUCAGCUAACCAAAGGGAUAAUAAGAGGCCAGGGAUAGCGAAGCAGUCGAGUCUUCCACGACAAGGCUCGUUGACACUUCCAUCUCCGCUUUGUAGGAAGACUGUUGAUGAGGUUUGGUCUGAGAUACAUAGAGGAGGUGGUGGUGGUGGAGACAGCAAUGGUCGUAGUAGUAGUAAUGGUCAGAACAAUGCUCACAAAGGCGGUGGCGAGAGUGCGGCUAGGCAACCAACGUUUGGGGAGAUGACGCUUGAGGAUUUCUUGGUGAAGGCUGGUGUGGUUAGAGAGCAUCCCACUAACCCUAAACCUAUCCUGAACCCGACCCCGUCUAGUGUUAUACCCGCAUCAUCUACGCAGCAGCAACAGCUUUACGGUGCGUUUCAAGGAACAGGAGGAGGAGGAGGAGGCUAUCAGCAGGCACCACCGGUUCAACCAGGUGUUUGCUAUGGCGGUGGUGGGUUUGGAGCGAGUGGACAGCAGAUGGCGAUGGUUGGACCGUUAAGCCCGGUGUCGUCAGAGGGGUUAGGACAUGGGCAAGUGGAUAACAUAGGAGGACAGUAUGGAGUUGAUAUGGGAGGGAUAAGGGGAAGGAAAAGAGUAGUGGAUGGUCCGGUAGAGAAGGUGGUUGAGAGAAGGCAGAGGAGGAUGAUCAAGAACCGUGAGUCUGCGGCUAGGUCUAGAGCAAGAAAGCAGGCAUAUACAGUGGAGUUGGAAGCAGAACUAAACCAGUUGAAAGAAGAGAACGCUCAGCUAAAACUUGCUUUGGGAGAGUUGGAGAGGAAAAGGAAGCAACAGUAUUUUGAGAGUUUGAAGACUAGAGCACAACCGAAGUUACCUAAAGCAAGCGGGAGGCUGCGGACAUUGGUGAGGAAUCCGAGUUGUCCGCUCUGAACAAACAAAGAAACAGUGAGAGACAGAGAGGAAAAGCUGAUGAUUUGAUAUGGUGUUGUUAGGUUGGUUUGUUUUGUCAUGAGACAUGAGAGAUAUAAAUCUUGUACGUUGAUGUUCUCUGUGUUGGUAGAAGGAACAUAUUCUGAUCUUCUCUACUUGUGUUCUUGUCGACAAGAAAGUGAUUCUCUGUUUCAACGUUAUGAAUCUUCGGAGAAUAUAGCAAGUGUUAUAUGUUACUAGUUUUAGUUACAAUC